AUGACAACAGUGAUUAAUUAUACUAUCAAUAAUAUUCCAAAAGAAGAACCGUCAUCUGGAUUGCCUUUAACUGUACAAUUCAUCUUUUUACUCUUAUUUGCGAUUGUUGUACUAUUGGCCGUUUGUGGAAAUAGUAUUGUAAUAUGGAUUGUACUUGCACAUCGUCGUAUGAGAACACCAACAAAUUAUUUUCUUGUUAAUCUUGCUUAUGCUGAUGUAUUGAAUGCUAUAUUUAAUAUUCCAUUUAAUGGCUAUUAUAUGGUUGCUCAAAUACGAUGGCCAUUUGGAAAUUUUAUGUGUCCUUUAGUACAAGCUGUAUCUCAUACAUCGAUUGCAGCUAAUGUACUUACUUAUGUAGCAAUUAGUUUAGAUCGAUAUUUUGCAAUAAUACAUCCAUUACGUACGAAAUUAACACAUAAACAAACUAUUAUGAUAAUAUGUGGUAUAUGGAUAUUAUCUUUACUUGUAUCAUCACCAGCUAUUCGAUCAUUUAGUAAUAUUAAAAUUGAUUGUAAAAUUGAUGAUUUAAAAAGUCAUCAAAAAUAUGAAUGGAUUUUUUUUUCGGUAACAUAUGUAGGUCCAAUUGUUAUAUUAACAAUAACAUAUACAAGAAUUGCUAUUGAACUUUGGGGACAAACUGGUUUUGUUUUAUUAAUAAAAA